UUCGCUUCAUGUGCUGUUGAACCGUCUCGUUUUAUGGCAAAAUGUGGCGGUGAGCACAUUGCCCACACAAAUGGCGGCAUCGGUCACUCUAAACAUAUAUCUAAAUGCACUAGCUUGGGAAGAGUAUUUAAGCCACCACUGCGCCAUUUGAAUACCAAAACACACACAACAAAGUUUAUAAUUCAAAGCUGAACAUCCAAUAUGACAUCUGCAAGAUCUAUCACUCGCGUUCUGGCCAACAAGUACUCACCUAGCGGCGCCCCGAGCCUCGACAACUUCAAGGUCAUGUCUGCUCCAGCUCCGACCAAGGACUCGCUUAAGGAGAACCAAGUUUUGGUCCGCAGCCUCUAUCUUUCUGUUGAUCCGUACCAGCGUGGUCGUCUAAUCGGCACUACAAACAGCUACGUCCCCCGCUAUGAGCUUAACAAGCCAAUUUCCAAUCAUGGUGUCGCUGUGGUGGAGGCAUCAGCCAGCGCUGACGUUGCUGAGGGUGACAUCGUCUAUAUUAGAGGAGCACCCUGGGAGACCAAGUCGGUUGUGGAUGUUGCUGCUGUGCGCAAACUUCCCACCGGCACUAUUGAUAACGCCCGCGACUUCGUUACAGUCUUUGGUAUGCCGUCGUUCACUGCCUUUGUCGGUCUGACCACAAUUGGUAAGCCAAAGGCUGGUGAGACCAUCCUCGUUUCUUCGGCGUCGGGUGCUGUUGGCCAGAUUGUCGUUCAGCUUGCCAAAGCUCGUGGUCUGCGGGUUGUUGGUGUUGCUGGUUCAGAGGACAAGAUCGAACUUGUCAAGAGCAUUGGUGCCGAUACCGCCUUCAACUACAAGACCUCUGACAACUUUGUCGCGUCGAUCAAGCAGGCAGCUCCUGAGGGCAUUGACAUCUACUUUGACAACGUCGGUGGCGAGUUCCUCGAUGCUGCUCUGGCUAACAUCAAUACUGGUGCUCGCAUUGUUUCCUGUGGUAUGAUUUCCCAGUACAACGCCAAGUCUGCUGAUGAGGCAUACGGUCUCAAGAACACUUUCAACAUCCUGACCAAAACUGCUACUUUCCAGGGUAUACUUGUUGGCAAGUACUAUGGAACGCCAACUGAAGACGAGUUUAUGGCUGAAGUUGGCAAACUGUACAAGGAGGGUAAGCUUCAGUACCGCAUCGAUGAGACCACUGGUCUGGAGAACGCUCCUCAGGCGAUUCUGAAUCUGUUUGAUGGCAAGAACUUCGGUAAGAGCGUUGUCAAGGUGUAGAACGGUGUUUCAUGAUUCCUGAAUAAGACACACUACCAUU